CGCAGCGCCGCACCGACAUGGCCGGGGCCUGCAACUUCGUAGCGCGGGACAAGUGCUGGAAAAAACGCAUUGAGAAUGAACUAGACGAUGCAAGAAAGUGGCCUCACAAAUGGGGAUUCUUGAAAACACCUCUUGAGGAGUUGAUUGAAAGUGACAAGAAAGAAGAUACAAGGCCCAAGAUACAGCUUCCAGAACAUCUGCAGAUUCGACCUGUGACACCUAUAGAAAAAUACAUUCAGGUAUUACCAUCUCCUCCAGUACCCAAGACUACGCAGGGAUUUAUUGGCUGGAGGUCAGCAGUUCCAGGGUUGGAACUUGAACGAGGUUUUCAAAUUCAAAGCAGCAAAGGUGCCUUUUUUAAAGACCUGAAGUGGCCACGUGAGCCCUCUAACUGACAUUAAGAAAUAACAGUUUAAGCACACUGAUCUAUUUGCAUCCCUAAGUUAAUAUUCUG